AUGCCUCCGAAAACUCCCUUAAACGGAACCUAUUUAACGCGCCUCAGAUCCUCCGAUACCCUGCCUUCGCAACACAUCUGAAACUCGUCGAAAAUGCUUUGAAAUUUUCUGAAAUGUCCCUAAAACCUCCUCGCCUUGGUGUAACUCACCUAAGACCCUCUCCAAACCCCGAAAACGCCAAAGUAACACCUCUGAAAUCCGCUGAAAUGUCCCUAACACCCCCUAUAACGCUCUUGAGACUCUUUAUAGUGCCCUAGAGACUCCCUGCAGCCCCUGGACCCCCUUGAGGCCUCCUGAGACUCAAUUGUAAUCCCCUGAAACACCCGCUCGAGACGCGAAACAACAAAGGUCGGUUCGGUGAUGUAUGCGUCAAACACAAAAAAUCAAGCAUGAAUGAAAUGAUGGGCAAAUGUGACAGUAUUCUCUUUGCGGUGAAUGAAAUUAAAAAUCGAUUAGAGAAAAUUGAAAAUAAAUUGGAAAGAAGUGGGUGUGAUGAAGCCGUGAAACAGUGUGAGAAAAAUGUUACGUUGGUAGUAGAAGAAUCUGCAAAAUUGCAUGGAGAGCAGUUGAAAGUUUUGGAAACACAAAUAGCGAAUUCAACUAACAACAGCCCUGCUGUGGGCAACGGCCCAGCAUCAGCAGUCGGUGAUGAGUACCCAUCCGCCGGUAGCUUUGUUGAAGUGGUGAGAAGAAAGAAGAGAAAUCAAGAAUCUGUCUCGGUAUUGCGAUCUGGACGUGUUCGAAAUAAUAGUGUUGCUACUCCAAAUAAUAACGAGACCAGACGUGCGAGUGCAAGGGCACAGCAAAUUAACAAUUCUAGUGCGGUUGAUGUGGUGGACAUAAGCGGAACAAGUUCCAAUAAGAAGUUUGGUUGUACAGUGCGGGUUAAACCUAUUGCGACGCAGUCUAAUCAUCAAACGAAAAAAGAGGUGAGAAGCAAAAUUGAUCCGUCCCAAAUGGGAAUAAAGAGUGUGAGAAAUGGCAUGAAUGGUUCAAUAAUUGUUGAAUGUGGAAAUGUGAAUGAAGCGGAAGGACUUGUGAAAGCUAUCAAAGAUAAGUUCAACGGGGCUUAUUCAGCCGAUAUUGAGCAGCCAAGGAGACCAAAGAUAAAAAUCUUGGGAGUAACAGGUAAUUACGAAUCAAAUGAGUUAAUGGAAAUUUUAAGUGAACAGAACGGAAUUGAGGAUGUGCAGUUUUUGAAGGUGUUGAAAUGCAUUCCUUCAAAGAAAAACUCCGAGAAUGAAUAUUCUCUUAUUUGCGAAGUAGACGCUAAGACGUUUGAGCUCGUGAUGCGCAAAGGUAAGCUCAAUAUAGACUUUGAAAGGUGUCGAGUAAUGGAAAGUGUUAAUUUAUUCAGAUGCUUCAAGUGUUGCGGAUUUGGACACAAAUCUACUGAAUGCAAAAAUAAUCUCCAUUGCGCAAAAUGUGCAAAAAGUCAUGAUGUAAAGGACUGUUCAUCUGACCAAGAAUUUUGCGUCAAUUGUAUUUAUUCCAACAAAGAAAGAAAAACACAGUUUGACAUUAAUCAUUCAUCGUGGAGUGUUGAUUGUCCAAUUUAUUUGAAGAAAGUCUCAAUUUCAAAAAGUUUUAUAAAUUAUGAUGCAUAGCAAUCAAAAAUAGCGACGGAUGUCGUUCUUGUCAAUAUUGCAGGCAUAACGUCGCAUUUCACUGAGUUAGAAAUUUUGGUAAGUAGAAUGAAACCAAAAAUUCUUAUGUUAACAGAAACACAUUUAACUUCAGAUGUUGGAGUAAGUGAGUACAAUAUGCAAAAUUAUAAAGUAGAGUGUUGCUAUUCAUGUUCUAGGCAUACAGGAGGCGUAAUCAUGUACGUUCAUAAGUCAAUAAAAUAUCACUUAGUUGACAAUUCUACAUGUGGGCUAAAUUGGUUCAUUGCUAUAAAAAUAGCCAAAGGGUUAAAGGCUGGAACAUAUGGGUUGUUGUAUCAUUCACCAAGCGCUAGUGAGCAAGAUUUUUUGCAACAUUUGGAACAAAACUGGCUUGAGAAAAUAGUCGACGAGAAAGAAAUGACCCUGAUAGCGGGUGAUUUCAACAUAAAUUGGCGGAAUACCAACGAGAGCAGAAAUCUUCGUAACUUGAUGCAGUGUUUUGAUUUGAGUCAGAAAGUGAAAGAGAUUACACGACAAACUGUCAGAUCGCAAACUAUUAUUGAUUUAGUAUUCUGUAAUAUUGACGAGGUGAAGGUCAACAUAGAUCAGUACAAUAAAAUUUCCGAUCACGAAACAAUGCAAGUCCAUUUUGGUGAGAGUUCAGAACCUUUGGAAGAAUUUGUUACUUUGAAAAGUUGGAGAAAAUACUCUAAGAACGCACUAGUCUCGUUGCUCAGACGCAGUAUGCCCAAUAAUAGCGAUAGAGAAUUAGAUGUAAAGGCAGAUAUAUUGAGCACAGUGUUAACUGAUAGCAUAAACAAACUUGUUGUUGUCAAAA